AAGAAAAAGAAAAUAGAAAACAUACUUGCAGAGCCUGAAGAUAUCGAUGAUAACAAAACCUCAGAUAAAAAUAUGAAAUUAGAUGUUAAAGAUAUCAAUGAAGAUAAAGAAGAUUGUAAAAUGUUAGUAGUCAAUGAUAAAGUAUUUGAAAAAGG